AGCUUACCAUCUCCACCUCUAGCAGUGCAUUAUUUUGUUGACCAUAGCACUAAAUCCCACUCUAAUCCCUGUUAGCGCUGAGCCCCGCAUGCUCUGUGGCACAAGAGGUACCUAACCGUACAUACCUAAACAUUCGAUACCACUACCAAAUACUUCCCUUAGGUACCUCAUGUCCGUAGGGCGUUACACAAUUAUUAAGCCACCGUGUCAAUGUGAUAAGGAGAAUACGUCAAUCGCGAUAAGAUAGCAAGUAUGUACAACCUACUAUUGGCGAAGUAGAGGCAACAAACAAUACGAAGGUGUUGCCGACUUUAGUUCUUCUAAUAGGGCAGUAACGACUAAAAAAAAAAUCAAGAAUAUGGUUAGUUCAUAUUCAUUCCAUUCCAUUCCAAUUUCAAGUUAACAUAAUACAAGUUAACAUAAUAAUGUCAAGGCACCCGAAACUGCAAAUCAGAAACGGAAGCGAGGCCGUCCGACCAACGUGUCGCGCGACGACGGUGACGCGUCAGGGGCACAACUCGCCAUGUCGAGACAAGGCCAGUUAACUACAAAUUCCGGAAAUACAAGAGAUUCGGAAAUAGAAGAACCAUCCCGGCCCCGGAAGCGCGGACGUCCAACCAACACCGAGAUCCCGUCUCAAGCACAACCCGAACCCAAACCUUCUCAAGCACAGAAAGCUAAGAGGAAGCGCGGGCCGUCGCCGACAUUACAGCCCGAUGAUAAUAGAGAUGAGGACCAGGGGAAAUUACCUGCUGAUCGAAAAAGACGCGGUCGUCCUCGAGCUUCACUAACGAAUGACGAGGCCGAGGCUCAAGAACAUAGUGUAGCAAAUACCAGGGAUGAAGAUGCACCUCGAAGCAAGCGGGGUCGUCCACCAAAAGGAUUGGAGGCAACUAAGGGCAACGAAGUCGAAGAUGAUGAGGCCGAUGAUGAGAAUGAAGGCAACUCGAGCCUUCUUCGGCGGAGUGGACGUAUUCGUAGAUCUCCAGAAUCAUCAAAUAAAGGGGCCCAAGAGAUAGCAAAGCCAGCCAACGAGCAGAGUUCAGGCAACCAAAUAACUGAUAAACGCCAAAAGAAAGGACGUUCUACAAAUGGACGAACUACGGCCGGAGCAGAACAGGACCCUACCCCCCCGCAUAAAAAGAAGCGAGGCCGACCUUCUCUCAGCAUUCAACCCCCAGCAGAGGCCGACCCUAAACCCCAAGGUCGGCAAAAGAAACGCGAUCGUCAACCACCACCUAACGAGACCGCUUCAUCAUCUACGAAAGGAAAAGGGAAGAACUCGCAAGGAAAGCCAACACAAGGCCAAGAGGUUUCUAUAGAAGAAGAGAACCGCCCCAGAAAACAGAAACCGCGCCAGUCUAAUAGGACAUCACCAAAAUCAGGGGGGCGUAGACCAUCUCCCGAUGCACAAGACCGUUCAUCAUCACCUGAUUCAGCUACCUCUCCGCCCCGUUACCGACACCUCACAACGCGCACACGUCGUGUUCCUCUCAAUAUCAUCGAGUCUAAAUGGACAGCCCUCGAGCAGCCAGCUCUUUCUAGCGUAGCUUCGCUCCUCCAGUCAGCGUCGCGGCCAGUGCUUCUACGCCUCAGCAACCCUCAGCGGCACGGGCACGCCGCCGCAGCUCUCAAUGCCGUAAGCAAACGGCUUUGUUCCAAGAUCGGGCGAGGCCUACCCUUCCCACCGGCCACUACGUCGACCCGGCGUGAGGAGGAAUUCGAUUUCGAGCGCACUGUCUCGGGUAUCCAGGCCCUUGAGUCACAGCUCGAUCCGCUACUCCACAGUGUUGAGCUGUUACGUCGCGAGAAGGAACGCGCUGAGAAGGAGCUUGACCGCGAGUAUAAGGCGCUCGCCCGGCUCGGCUCCAAUGCCCACGCCGAGGCUAGGGAGAGACGGGAUCAGAUGCGGAAGAUGCACGUGCUAGUACCGGAAAAGCCACCACCCGAGUCGAGGGUCGACUCCAUCGGAGAGGUUGUGUCUGCAGAGAAUAUCAGUGGUAAAGUGUUCACUGAUCUAGACGACGAGCUAGCUGGCCUAGCCGGCCAAAUCGCGAACCAUAUGGAAAGCAUGCGAGGGAACCUACAGCAGAUCGACGGGGUUGUGCCCGCCAUCACGAAGAGCCAGGGCCUACUGAGGGCUGCGCUACAAUCGCGGUUAGAUCGUGAGCAGUUGGAUAAUAUCAUACUUGGCUAGCUAUAGAAGUGUCCAGGUAGUAAUGACCCGGUUGACGAUUCCUACCUUAUGUUGACGUGAAUAGGCCCAAUGUAUAAAUUAGGGAUCCGGAAUAUUUCCCGUUGUUAAAGACUGCUUAGUAGGGCACAUUGUGUCAGGUUACAUUACUUGCCUCAAUACACCAACUAUUCUUUGUCGAGAGUCCAAAAGGAGCUCACAAUCGCAUUCAUAUACACCUUCUUUUUAACGGGAUUACAAUCCCUUGUACUUGUUUUGAAACAAACAGUUCCCUAGGCC